AAAGAAUUUCAAUCAUUUGUAGGACUUGAUGCAACAGGUAUUUUAGACAAAGAAACAUUGAAUUUAAUGAGCAUGCCAAGAUGUGGAAUUAAAGAUAAAAUUAUUUCAACAUCAACUGAUCAAAAUAAUGUUAAACGUUAUGUUAUUCAAGGUACAAAAUGGUACAAGUAUCAAUUAACAUAUCGUAUAUUAAAAUAUCCAUCAAGAUCUGUGCUUGAUAAAAAAACAAUUGACAAAGAAAUAGCUCGUGCAUUUAAUGUUUGGUCUGAUUAUACUGAUUUAACAUUUACACCAAAACCAACUGGUCCAGUUGAUAUUGAAAUUAAAUUUGUACGUGGUGAUCAUGGUGAUUAUGAUAAUUUUGAUGGACCAAGUGGUGUUUUAGCACAUGCAUUUUUUCCAGCACAUGGUGGUGAUAUACAUUUUGAUGAUGAUGAAUACUGGACAGCAAAUGAUUACAAUGGAAUUAAUUUAUUUCAAACAGCCGCACAUGAAAUUGGUCAUGCACUUGGUCUUUCUCAUAGUAAUGGAAAAGCUCUUAUGGCACCACUUUAUCGACAAUAUGAUCCAAAUUUUAUGCUACAUUAUGAUGAUAUACGAGGAAUUCAAGCAUUGUAUGGACCUAAAACAUCAAAACCAUUAACAACUACUAUUCCACCACCAAGACCAACACCAACAACACGUGAUUAUUAUUGGAAAAUGAUUGAUGGCAAACCAAUAAGUGAACCACCACAAUUAAUAAGCUCAUAUUGGCAAGGUUUACCUGGUAAUAUUGAUGCCGCAUUUUCACUCUACGAUAGAUAUACAUUUUUCUUCAAGGGAACAAAAUUUUGGAGAUAUCUUGAUGAUAAAGUUGAUGGAAAUUAUUUUCCAAGAGAAAUUAGUCAAGAUUUUCCAGGUGUACCAAAUGAUAUUGAUGCUGCAACAAUUUCAUCUAAAAAUGGAAUUAUUUAUUUUUUUAAAGGAGCCCAUUUUUGGAAAUUUUAUUAUCGCAGUAUUAGAUUGAUAAAAAUUUCAGCUCCAAUUCCCAUUGGAUUACUUUAUGGAGCACCAGAUAAUGGUAUCGAUGCUAUUUUCUCAUCAAAUGAAUCAACCUAUUAUUUCAAGGACAAUAUGUACUACGUAACAAACACCCAAACAAUGAGUACAGUUAGUGGACCAAUAAAUGUCUACUUAUUUUCUUGUCCAGUUUUCAGUUUUUAA